CCCCUAUAGUUUUCCGUUUGGUAUAUUCUGUUACUAACUCCCGCGUUGCCAACACAAAGUCGUUUACGUCACGCAGGACAGAGGUCCGGUGUGUUUGGUGUUAGUCGUUUUGCUGUUACUGUCGAGCUACAAAACACGCCAAAAUGCCGCCCAAGAAGAAGAAGGGAAAGAAGAAGUCGGGCAAGAAGAAGUCCGCAAAGGCCAAGACCCCAACCGUUGUAGAUGGAAUCUCUACAGAGGAGAUGACCAAGGAACAGCUUGAGGAACACAUUGUGAGAUUACGAGAGGAGUUGGACCGAGAGCGGGAGGAGAGAAACUACUUCCAGCUGGAGCGAGACAAAGUCAACACCUUCUGGGAGAUCACCAAGAGGCAGUUUGAGGAGAAGAAGGCCGAGCUGAGGAACAAGGACAGGGAGAUGGAGGAUGCAGAGGAGAGGCAUCAAGUGGAGAUCAAGGUUUACAAACAGAAGGUGAAGCAUCUCCUGUAUGAACACCAGAACAACAUCUCCGAGCUGAAGGCAGAGAGCGCAGUCGCCCUGAAACUGGCCCAGGACGACCAUCGGGGUAACGAGGGAGACCUGCGCUCGGAAAAACGCUCCCUGAAGGUGGAGUUAAAGGAACAGGAGCUUGCACAUGAAGACAUCAUCAAGAACUUGAAAAUUAAACACGAUGAGGCCAUCACAGAACUAAGACAAGACUUUGAACGAGAGGCUCGGGAGAUCGAAGCCAAGUAUGAGAAGAAGAUGCGGAUGUUACGAGAGGAGCUGGAACUCAGGAGAAAAACAGAGAUUCAUGAGAUCGAGGAGAGGAAGAACGGACAAAUCAACACACUCAUGAAGAACCAUGAGAAGGCCUUCAGUGAUAUCAAGAACUACUACAACGAUAUCACGCUGAACAACUUGGCUCUCAUCAACUCACUCAAGGAGCAAGUUGAGGAGAUGAAGAAGAAGGAAGAGAGGAUGGAAAAACAGAUGAACGAAAUCAUGGCGGAGAACAAGCGACUCACAGAACCUCUGCAGAGAGCACGGGACGAGGUGGAAGACCUACGCAAACAACUGGCCAACUAUGACAAAGACAAGGCUUCACUCGCAAGUGCCAAGGCAAGACUGAGAGUCAUGGAUGAGGAGAUGAAGGCACUAGAAUGGGAACAUGAGGUGCUGAAGCAAAGAUUUGCAAAGGUUGAGGGUGAGCGAGAUGAGCUGUAUGGUAAGUUUGUGAAGGCCAUCCACGAGGUGCAGCAGAAGUCCAACUUCAAGAACCUGCUCCUGGAGAAGAAGCUUGGUGCCCUGGCCGACACUCUUGAGAAGAAGGAGGCACAGCUGAACGAGGUCCUGUCUGCGUCCAACCUGGACCCGACCGCGCUGACCGUGGUGACCAGGAAACUGGAGGACGUUCUGGACUCCAAGAACAGCGCCAUCAAGGAUCUUCAGUACGAGCUGGCACGCGUCUGCAAGGCUCACAAUGAUCUGUUGCGAACAUACGAGGCCAAGCUACGAGCGUUCGGCGUCCCGACGGAAGAGCUUGGGUUCAAACCACUUGAGAGUACAGUAGGGGGGCAAGCCUUGGGACAGGGGCCGGCUGGGCUGGUCGCUGCACCCACGUGAUUCAGGGCUGUACCAUGAUUGUACUCUAGAGUGGGUAGGGGAUUGCAAAACAUUUCAUUUGUGGAUAAAGAAUUCUAACUAUAAAACCAAUAUGAGCAAUUGUUUUGAAUUUAAACAUUUAAAAUGUUGGACCACCAUUUACUUUUAAUAAUAUCACAUACUGCAGUUUUAAGAUGAAGCAGGGACCGAAGUAUUGAAAAGUUCCCUUUGCUGUUGGAUAUGUACAUUUUAAAUAGGAUUUUAUAGAAUCCAGCAUCAGAUCUGUAUAUCAGUCAAUGAUUAGGAUUGCCUUGCUGUUUAUACAGUACUUAUUUUGCUUUCACAUAUAUCACAUAUUGAGGUGUGGUAUUUUUAACAGUAGCUUGUAUGACACAAUGCACACGAUAAGCUAUUCCGUCCUCAUAGACAUAUACUAUUUUUGAAAGGUGUCUGAACCACCUCAGCAAUACACUGCUUCCUACCGACAUGAAGACGGUACAAAAGAUGUCAUGCAUCAAAACCAUCCACAUAUUGCCAAGUAGGAUUUCCAUGCCAAGCAAAAUAUACUGUUGGCUCUGCCCCUGAAGCAUUGCCAAAAAGGAAAUGUUAGUGGAUUAUUUCAAUCCCCUUCACUUUCCUCACGCAGCAGUUCUUUUACCAUACAUCCUUAAGACAUUUUGUUGUGACCAGGGAUAAGGUCUUGAGCACCUGCUGCUAGAAUCUUUAGUACUAAGUGGUCCAAACUUUUCCAUGUCUGUAUAUAUUAAGAAGUGUUGUGGAUUUCUGUUGUUCCGAGAAUCUAAAUAAAGUCACUGUCCAGAA